GCAAACUUCACCUACGCCAUCUUAGUUCCAAGUCGCAGUAAUAUUAAUUAACUAAAGCUAAAACGAAGAUACAGCGGCCAUUUCUAGGGAGUUAGUUUCAUGAUACAACUUUGUUUUGCUAUAAAAUUAAAUAGUGAAUCAAGUUUUUGCUACACUCCUAUGAUUUUGGACAAUCUUAUCCCUCUUAACUCAAUUAUAAUCUUGGACAUUUCAUCACUUUCAGUGAACGUGAAAAAAACUAUUGCUUAUAUAGUGAUUCGAGUAGGGAGUUUUGAUAAUUUUUAAAAAGUUCAAAUUCCUUACUUAAACUUGUUUAGAGAUAAAAGUUUGAAAUUCAAUAAUGAACUCGGAACAAAUUGGAGAAAAAGUUGAAGACAUUGAUGAUACAGGAACAAAACCUGUACGCCUGACACCUACUGGAAAAAUAAGUCAUGCUAAAACGCGUGUUUAUACACAGCGAUAUCGAAAAGAAUGGGAGAAUACACCUGAUUUUAAAGAUUGGCUUACUUCGGUACCAUUUCAAGCUACACGAGCCUUUUGUAAAUUUUGCCAGCGAAAUCUUCAUGCUCAUCGACUUUCUUUAUUGAAGCACAUGUGUACUUUGAAACACCAAAGAGCAGCUGUACAGUAUGCCAAGACACAAGAAGAUCAUAAUGGUCGAGGAACACAAGAUACUACAAACAGUAGUCAUGAGCAAAUUGAUACUGAUGAUGAAGAAGAUGAUGAUAAUAAUUAUGAAAAUGUAACUUAUGUUCAUGGUGAUGAUGAAGAAGAUUUUGAGGAGCACGAAGAAGAAGUUAUAGAGUCAGAAAAUGAUGUAGAAUUACCAGCUUGUAAAAAAAUAAGAAUCCAAAAUGAUGAUGGUCAAGACACUUUGGUACAAGCUAUAGCUAAUGCUCAUCCUGAUUUACUUGAUGAAAAUAAUGAAGAAAUGCAAUUUGAAAUGGUUAAUGAAACAGAUUCCGUUAAUGAUAUUCCAGUCAAGCCAUUUCAUAUUGUGAAAUGUGAAAGUUUACUGGAAGAUCCAAAAUCAGAUGAAAUAGAUGUAAAUAGUAGAAGUACCAAUAAAGCUAAAGAAUCUGAAGUAAUAUUUGCCACAGAGCUAAAUAAAACAGCUGAUUCUACAUUAGUAGAUUCUGGAAUAGUUAGCAAUUCACUACAUGGUAAAAAGGUAAUUUUACUGUCUACUGGUGGUAAAUCUUUCACUGUAUUGAAAGGCAAACUUCCACAAUUUUUAUUAAAUCAAUCAAAGAGUAGUAGUACUGUAAAACGAGAAAAAAAUGAGUUGAAAACAACUCAAGACUCAGAAACAAACAGUAUUUAUACGUUUGCUAGUACAAGUCAAGAACUUACAACUAAGCAUAAUUAUUCAAAAACAUUAGCAAUGACAACAAAGUCUAUUUUAAUGAAAAAACCUAUCAUCAGUACAAAUGUUAUAGAAACUAGUAAAGGUAUUCCAGUCAGUGGAUUACAAAUCAUCUUAUACAAAUUGGAUGAUGGAAGGUGGAAAAAUAUACAUGAAGGUUACACCUCUGCUAAUGGGACUUAUGACUUUUCAAACUCAUCAAAAAAUAAUUUAUCAGUAGGUCGCUAUCGAUUACAUUAUGACGUGGAGAAAUAUUACAGUUUGAAAAAAGUUGCUACAGUGUACCCUUUUAUUGAGAUUGUUUUUGAUGUUAAAGAUCCUGGUGCAACUUAUAAUAUACCACUUUUGAUGAGUCCAUUCAGUUAUAGCACAUUUAAAGACUUCCCUAGAUAAAACGUGUAAAUGAAUAGAUAACAUAAAAUUAACUUUUGCAUAUGUUAGGCCAUGGGAAUUCGAUUUAAUAUUUCCAUUAUGAUGUUUAAGUAAAAAAAUAGUAUUUUUUUAUGAAAGAUGUAUAUAUUUAUGUUAUGUAUAGUAUAUGGCCAUUUAACAAAUAACGAAUAUUGUUAUUUAUCAUUUAUUCAUGAAUCUACUUUGACGUCGAAUAUUUAAUAAAACUAAGAUGUUAUGUAUCUUUUUUUAUCUUGAAUCUCAAUUUUUUACCGAUCGUGUGGGAGCCACAGGUCAAAAUAUCUAUAGCUAACAUGCUGCUGUAUAUUGUCAUUCCAACCUCAAAAGUGCAUUUUGAAGACUCCAUGAUUCUAAUAUAUUUUAUAAAAACUAACACUUUUACUUGUUAGCUAUAAAUGUUCUUAAUUACAAAAUAUCAACUCAUAUAUUGGAUACAAAUAAAGGUCGCCCAGUGGCAGAUAUACUCGUCAAGUUUUACAAAGGGAACAACGAUAUGAACAUGAAUGAAGGUGCGAAAAAUUUAUUAUUAUUAAUGAAAUAUAGAAUUUUUCCUUUUGUUUGCAUGAAAUUUGGAUUUGUAAAGAAAAAAUUUUUAUUUUUGUGGAAUUCCCAAUGUGAUUAAUUUGUAAUAAAAAUAUAUUUUAAUUAAGAAA